CUCCAGAUGGUGCAGCAGCGGCCACCGCUCCAGAGGACGGCUGUGCCAGCCACAGAAGGGGAGGAGGAUGAUGGCACAACUGGCAUCGAUGUGGAGGAGGCCAGAGAGAGGCUGCGCCGAGAGGACCUGGAGUUUGACAAGCUGGAGUACAGACGUAAAGUCAAAGAGAAACACAGGGAGAAGAGACUGAAGGAGAAGGCUGCCAGAAGAGAAGCCAGCAAGCAGCACACUGAGGAGCAGAAGUCCGGUGAGGAAGAUGAAGAGGAGGUGGUAGCGUACCUGGACGGUGCCGAUGGAGAGGAGUUUGACCCCAGCACGCUUCCCGACCCGGACAAACUAUGCUCUGACUCAGAGGAAGAUGAUGACCAGAGCAGCCCUGCUGCUGGGAUGAGGAAGCGCAGCCUCAGUGACUGCAGCGAUGACUCUGGUGAGGAAGAGACCAAGGCAACAGGCAGCUGCCAAGCCACUGGACACUGGCCUCUCUCUGGCUGAGGACGAAGAGCUGGUCCUGCAUCUGCUAGGGAACCGGCGCUAGGGCUCGCGAAAGAGAGGACAUUUACCAAACACUCUGUGUUAUGGAGGAUCCUCUUCAAUGUCUUGUUGUCAUUAUUUGGAUGUUCUCCACUAUUUUGGGAAGAUUAGAGAUUUCCCAAACUGUCAAAAUAAAACAUACAAUUUACUGUUA